UUCAGUAGAUAAUUACAGUCAAGACAUAUAUGUCAGCGGUGCGAUAAUAAAUACAAUUAGUAAAAAUUAUUUUUCAAUCUAUGUUAAUGAGAAAUAAAAAAACUAGGCACAUUUCGGAUUACAAAUUACGACCGUAUGUGUAAGUUUUAAGUCAAUUAGAAGGAUAAUUAAAGUGCAUAGAUGACUUUUGAUUUCAGAUGCGUUUUGGUACAGAGCAAAACUUCUGCUGUUAAAAUUUGGAUUAAUUUAAUGCAAUUGUUUCGGUGGAAAUUGUUUGCCUCCUGAUGUGUGCAAGUAAUAACUGAUUAAAACUCAAUAACAACGCUAGUUAGUAAUUUAAAAGCAUGAUUUAAUAUGUGUGUCUAGUAUGACAAUUGUUAUAAGCACUUUGAAAAAAAACUAAUAAAGACAUGAUGAUUUAUAUUAAUAAAUAAAACGGACAAAUGAGACAAAAUAAGGGAUCUAACGAAGAUAUCGAGAUAACAUUAUGUAUAUUAAAGUUGAUUUUGGAAUUAAAAUGAGCGAAGUAACUUGAUUUGAAUUGGGUGAAGUUUUUGUUUAACUGCAAAGGCGGAGGAUGAUAUGAGAAUAGUUAUAGGCCUAUAUAGGAACUGUUAUUAUCGUGGGAUUGUUGGGUAGUUAAACUACGUUGAAAAGGCAAAAAAGCUAGGGACACAUUUCAGAGAGAAAUCUAUUCUGGUGAAGAAAUUUAUUUGAACUGCCCUCUGGAAAUAACGUUAAGGAAAAAGAUAAUAUAAAUUAUUUGAAACAAUCACGAGAAAACAAGCAAUAUAGAAACUAAUAUUGGUGCUUGAAAGAAGGUAUUGUUCUCUAAAUGGGCAUACCUUUUUGACAAUUAAAAUAUCAUCAUUUUGGGUAAAUAUUUUACUGUCUUAAAAGCUUAAUUUCAUUAAGGUCAGAAAGAACAAUUGAAGAAUCCCCAACGGGUUUCAAUGAUCGUAAAAUAUAAAUUAUUACAAGACACUUUGCAUAUGAUCUACGUAUAUACUAUAUCGAAAACGGUCAUAAAACCAAGGUUUAAUAUUAAUUAAACUAUGAGCAUAUAAUGUAAACUUCUCGUGUGGGUGAUUGUGUGCCCUUAUGUCCUAUCAAAGUACACUGAUCGGUUUAAAUGGGAAGUAUCGGGGUAAGUGUUUAUUUAAAUGUGUACGCUUAUAUGAAUGUGAAAACAACAUGUUAAAUGAUGAAUUAAUAUUUGUAUAAGGAAUGCGGAUAAUAUACAGUUGUAAAUAAAUAUCGGAAUACCCAUAAAACCAACGCAACAAUCAAAGCGUUGACUGUGCAUUAAAUAUUGAACUAUUAAGCGGAUACUGGUGCGAUUUUUCACGUUGUGUGUUGCACGUUGUUUUCCCCUGCUGGAGUUACGUGUGAUUGAGUUCUCGUGUGUCCGUUCGCCCGUCAGUCUGUGUGCACAGUAUUGGACAUUUUGCAAUGGCCAGUAUUGCACACUCUUCUGCUCCCUAUGAAUUAUGAAGAAAGGAGAGGUUCCAGACAUAACCAUAUGCAGGUUGUUGACGCUGCUGCUCAUCGUGCUGGUUGGAGUUGGAAGCGCUGCUAAUCAGGUGAAUGGUGCCAGUUUAGGAAAGGUUCAUCAUAUUCUUCAAAAAAAACCUCAGUGGCAAAAGGACGGUAGUAAAGCUAGCCCAGUCCAAGACGGUGACAUCUAUAAGGUGAUUGAGCACGUGCGAAAGGAGAUGAAUAGUUUUCCUCAUCAGGUCGGCACGACGCAAAUACGGUUUCACAGACUAAAAAGUGUCUGCACGGAGGGAUUCGUCAAAGUGACAAGUAAAGGCAAAAAUAACAUGAGUGCUAGUGGGAAAUUGCGUGAACUCGGCGAGGAUUUCAGUUACCUGAAGUUUGUUUCCAAACCCAACGGCAAUUUCAGCAUAGUAUCCCUGGCAACUGAUCUGACGAUAUGCUUAGACAAGCGUUGGAAGCCAGUUGCAACAAGCAAAACGGACAAGAAGAAUUUGAUGACGUGCGAAUUUCAAGAAGUGUACGCGGAGGACAUGAAAAAUUUCCACUAUAGAGCAGCCGUACAAACGAGACAUGAAAAAUAUCUUGGUUUCAACAGCCAAAAGGGUAUGCGGGCAAAAGAUAUAAACAACAUGAAAAACAGGAAGAAAAAGGACUGUUACACGUUCCGAAAGGAGGAUGUGCCGCAGGAUUAUAUUGAUAGCUUAAAAGAACGCAAACGCGAGCAGACUAGACAUAAGGACAAGAACACUGUUAAAUCCCAGUCAGUGAAAAACUGUCAACAAACGCCCGGUCAAGGGCCGCCGGGAGUGAAUUUCUGUGAUAGACAAAGUUUGCAAUCGCUUAUUAGCGGUAAUCUAGAAAGCGUGAGGCAUGGGCAAAAUCACAAAAGACAUCGAAAUGGCUGAAAAAUAUGCGGAAGGUUGUACAGCAACUUCGGAUAGGAUAUUAAAUUGUAUACAUUGUGUAUAAAUUAUUGUAAAAUAUGUGACGCCAUCCGUAGACGUGACAUGAUCAAUGACGUUGGGGUGAGAUCUUAUACGUAAAAUCACCAGCAGUGUUCAUGAACAAUAAGCCACAAUGCAGUUAUGGUCAGUAAUUUGUGGGGAUUUACGUUAUUUAAAGUGUCGAAGAAAUUAUGCGACGUCAUUUCGUUCAGUGCGCCUCUGGUAAAGGAAAUACCUGCGGAAACGGCAGUGCGGUUUCGAAUUGAGUCUAGAUUCAUUAACUGUACAAUCGCAUAUUCAAACCGUUGGACCAACUACUGACAAUUGAGGGGAAGUAACCAAAUUUAAUGCAGGCUACACACCACUUAAUCGACGCGGCCAGUCAAUAACUAUUUCAAGCAUGCAAGGACUAAAAUAAAUAUAAAAUGGUGCUGAUGGAAUUCAAUUCCAACGUAAAUAACGUUUGAAAUAUUAAUUUUGCAUUUACACUGAAUAAAAUACAUAUGCUUCUUUUUUUAAAUAAGACUACUAAAGUGUAAAACUUGCUUUUUUAAUCCGGUUUCGUUUUGUAAAGAAGCAAAAUAAUUUCGUGACGUCAUUCUCCAGUCAAAAAGUGACGUAACUUUAAAACUGAUGUAUAUUGAGGCGGUCUGCAUGCAUGGUUUCGAUUCAUUCGAACCAAUCGUCUUGUGUAAACAUGAACUGGAAUUUUGCUUUUUUUAUGAAAUGUCAAAAUAGCGGAAAUAAGCGGGUGUAUUCAACAACUUCCAAGGUUUCACAAACAAUGUUCAUUUCCCAUACGUAUCGAUAUUUAGAUUAUGUGUCAACAAAGCUUGCAAACACAUUGAGUCGCGUUCUUAGAAAAUUGGACAUAAUGCAUGUGCGUAAAGUGUCGUCCCAGAUUAGCCUGUGCAGUCCGCACAUGCUAAUCAGGGACGACACUUUCCGCCUUAACUGGAUUUUCGUGUAGAAGAGACUUUCUUUAAACGAAAAAUACCAUACAAGCAGAAAGUGUCGUCCCUGAUAAGCCUGUGCGGACCGCACAGGCUAAUCUGGGACGACACUUUACACACAUGCAGUAUGCCAAGUUUUCUCAGAUUGCAAACACAUUUUAUUAAUUAUUUUUAAUCAUCGUUCAUUUUUUUUGUUUAUGUUUUGCUAUUUUUACAACACAAUUGUUAUAUGUUAGAACCAAAGAGCACUUUUCUAAACCUACGCUCAACGUACAAGUACACCUACAAAUGAACUGUAAGUCGACUUAUGCUAGAUUCAAUAUACCCUUUGCAUGCUGGGAAAUUUGUCGUCUGUUAAAGUGUCGUCUGCUGAAUUUCUUUAAUUAGCAUUUUCUUCGAUUUUUUUUAAAGAAUACUAUAAGAAAAGCAAACAGUUUGGAUCCUUAUGAGACGCCGCGUUCUGUGGCGUCUCAUCUGGAUCCAAACUGUUUGCAAAGGCCUUCAAAAUUCGGUUCCAGCACCGAAAGAGUUAAGCCAACACAAUAAAGCAGUACAGGUCUGUUGUAUGUAAUAAAACUCGAAUCUUAGCACGGGGUCCAUAUUGAGGCCAUUUGUAUGUAAUAUGCAUUAUCCAUACGAUUGUUAAACUGUUUAUAGUUCUUCAAACAACUGACAUUUGUUAAAUUGUUAUCUUGGAUAAAACAAUCCAUACAUUAAUAAGAGCAUGUUAAGUUCGCUCUAUUUCAUUUGGUGUUUAUGUUUUCAAGUCGUCACCUGUUAUGAUGCCAUACUUAUUUGUAAAUAGAUGUGUUAUAUGUUUCGUAUUCCUUACGUAUUUUAAAUAGGCCAGUAGAAUGCAUCACCACGUUGAUGAAAAAUCAAGGUAAUACUGAAUGUUAGUAACUAAAAUGCUCUGUCGGAAAAUAUGACUGAAAUAGAGUGUUAUGGUUUUAAGCAUUCGUUACUCGCUGAUUAUUUAUUCCCAGUGAAUUAGCUCUGCUUUUCAGUACAAGCAGUAUUUUUAUAUGAAAAAGACGUAAUCGACGCCAUGAUGCCGUAACAUCUUUUUCUAAAGGAACCCCAGUUUAUGUUACCGAAGCUGUUUAUUUGUUGUAUUAGCAGUAUGUAUUAUGUAAAGAAAUCUGAAACAUAAAACAUUCUUAAUAUUCCUUUACGUAACAUUUCAAAUUUUUCCCAUUUAAAACUUUUUUAAACAUUAAUCAUGAUAUGAGAGAUCUUAAAGAAACAUGCAGCAAAAGCUUAAUUUAAAGGUAAAACAAAUAAUUAAUAAAUGCUUCCAGAAUGUUAUUUUCUACCGGCUGUCAAAUGAAAAGCAAACGUCUGAACUGAAUCAAUCAAUUUAGAUCUAUUAGCUUUAUGUUUACAGAUAUCUUCGUUUUAACAAUUAGCAAUAAUCGGCAUAUAUAUCCUUACACGGAAAUGUUAUUUAAGCAUCAAAAAGAUGUGUUGCUCUAUAGUUAUUUGUUGUGUUUUUCUUUUGGCCUUCGCAUAUAUAUUACGUUGAAUCUCAUAAUGAACUUAUCUUCAAUUGAAAUUUGUUCCAAAGUACUGGACAAUUUUUAUACGAAUAGAAACUUUCUUGUAAAGUUUGUAUUCGAAAGGGUCUGUCAGAGAGAAAAUCAUGCAGAUGCUCAGUGGCAUAUUUUCUCUCUUCAACUCGUAAACUUAAAUAUAGUCAAAAUACAUUUAAGCGUAAUAAUAUUGCGCUCGAAAUUAUUUCCGACAACCCUGGCCAUGACAAUUUCGAAUGAAACACAUGCUUUGGUAUCCAGUAAAAAUUACUGUACCAUGUUUCGAUUAGUCCGCUAUCUGUGACGUUUUUGUUUGCAUGUAUUACUUUCUACAAAAAAUCGUAAGCUGCAAUAUUUUACACGCGUCAAAACGUAUCAAAAGUGAUUGUUGUUAUUAUAUCUGACGAAAUAUAUCAUUCAUUUAAAUAGUCAUCGACAUUUUGUAAAUAAGUAUAAAAGACAUGUUCAUAUGCACUAUUAUCCAAAAUAGCAUUUAAUGUAUAUUUAAAUCAUGGUAAAUAUCAUUUGACUUGUUUCUAUUAUUUGUAAUUGUACUUUAGCUUUAAUAUUAAUGUUUAAUUUGAUCAAAUUUGAGUUGAACGGUAACGAACAACAGCUGUUUAUGUUGUUAAUAAAUAUUGUUAAACCUGCGUUCAGUGAAUGUGUACCUGUUAUCUUGCAAUAUCAACAUGCUACGUAUUUGUAGAUUAAAUAUGUAUCUGUAGUGACCAAUUUGUUACGCCCAUUAUUGCCCGUCGUAAGAAAGCUUGCAGAAUUUUGUGUUCUUGUUAUAUGGUUAUUGACAAAAUGCACAUAUUACUUUUGACUCGUUUUGUUGUUUUAUUUGUGCUUCGGUGGAUAUUUUCCAAAGGAUUUACUUUAUAUAAUAUACGUCACUUCCUUUACAAAACUUAAGGAGAGCACUAUUGUUGAGUACUGCAUAUAUCGUUAUUAACUCAGUUUUGCAGUAUUUAAUGUUAACUGUAAUCAUGUUCAAUAAAAUAUGACGCAAUGACUGUUGUUAAAAUGGUCGCGUUAUAAUCGCGGAAUUGUGUUACACGACACUAUAUUUUUGCAAAUUAGCCAUUGUGUAAAACUGAACAUCCAAUACAAUCGGCUUUCAAAGCCUCAACCAGUAAGCAUUCCGUCGAAUUUAUUAUAAACAUCUCAACUAUUAUUAACAUCAACAUUGAUAGGAAUAUCCACCAAAACAAUCAGCAAAAAGAAUGGUAUUGUAUCGUCAUGAUCCCAAUCAGUAGGGACAUGCUUUCUUACGACGUGGCCAUCGCCUAGUGUUGUCCAUUGUGUAUGCCAAAGACCAUAUUUAUUGAUUCAAGGUGUAUAUAUAAAACGAAAUGUGUUUUCAAAUUAAAGUGUACUUAUUUAUGCACCUGGCUACAGUGCAAGUCGCAUUAAAUGAAACAAAAUUAAUAAAAUUGUUACUUUAAUAUUAAACCUUUUUGUUGUU